UUAUAUCGGUUAUAUCAGUUGUGGUUAUGUUUAGAGAAAUGAUGUAAAAUGUGUGCAACAUCACAUAGUUUAAAAGAAAUUUAUUUAAAUUAAACAUAUUCACGUUAUAAAUGAAGUUAAACAUGGAAAUGGAAGAAGAUAUUUUAGAACAUUACCUAGUCGAUUUAGAAAACUGCAAAGAUAUUGAUGAAUUACAAGAGUGCGAUUUUCCUAAGAAACCCAUUUGCAAGGAACUGAUAAUUUGUGCCGAAUUUUGGUCUAAACUUAUAGACUUGAAUUUUGAAGAUGGUCCUUUGAAAAAUUACUUCGAUGACUUAAGUGAAGAUCAUCGCAGGCAGUACUUUACCUUUGGUGUUGCUUGCAUGAUAAAUUUUGUCCAAGCAAAUUUUACUGGCCCAAAGCUACCUGGUUUCAUGGAAGAUUUCUUUGUAACUAGUAUGUUUCGAGAUAUAGAUUUUUCAAAAAUGCUUGCACUAAACAAUGAAGAAAUAAAUAAUAACACAAAAAUUCCUGCUCUUCUGGUAGCUGCCAAAGUUAUAUUUAAAAAUUGUCACUUUAACACUUUAUUGAAUAACUGGUGGUCUUGGAGGACAUUUUUAAUUCACCAACAAAUUUUAGAAGAUCUUAGUCCAUCUUUAUUAUAUGAAACCGAUAAGUUAUACAAAGAACUUGAAAAUGCUAACUUAAAAGGAAACAUGAAAGCAAAAUUAGAAAUUGAGAUUGCUCAGUUGUAUAUGGUAUAUAGAAAUGUAAAUAAAGUUAAAAACCACGUGGAAAAUGCAUGUAAAAUCUUAGGACUGAAGUAUGAAUUGAUUGGAAGAUUAGGCAGGCGUACUAAAUUUCAAGCGAAGGACAUUGCUCAGCUUGCAUUGGAAGUUACACUUAUUGAAAAAGAAAAUAUUCAAAGACCUCCUGUUCGUGAUAUUGAUGUUCCCAAAAAUUUAGUUUUAGAAGACCAGGUUCGUUUUGAUGCUCUAAAAUAUGCAGAAAACUUAAACCAUAAUACUCUCUUUCCGAAUACAGAACAAAAACUUCUUCUUUGUGUAGCUCAGGAAAUGAUAAUGUCUAUGCCACCAGAUGAACUCUAUUUAGAAGAGCUGCAACCUUUUUAUGAACUUAUCUUAAGUCAAGCAAACACAUGGUGUGUAAGAACAGUCACAUUGUUGCUUCGAUGCCUCUUGGAGUCUCAUCAUAAGCGUACCCGUGAACGAUCACUGAUGCAGUGUGAAGAUGUUCUGAAAAGCAUUGAAAAGGAAACGCCUCAUCCAUUUAAUAGAAUAGGAGGAGUGUUUAGUACUGGACUACGACCAGUUUGGAAGACUGAAUUUGAAUUAGGAACAUUUAUGCUUAAAUUGGGACUUGUUAAGAAUAGUUUGGACGUUUUUAUUAAACUGGGCGCAUGGGAUGAUGUUGUUGGUUGUUAUAUUUUACUAAAAAUGAAUCAUAAGGCAGCAGAAAUUAUAAAGCAAGUGCUAGAAGUCAAACCUACAGUGAGAUUAUGGUGUCUUUUAGGUGACGCUACUAAUGAUGUAAGUUGUUAUGAAAAAGCCUGGGAACUAUCUAAGAGACGCAGCAGUCGAGCGCAACGCCACUGGGGACAAUACCUGUACACGCGUAAACAGUAUCAACAGUGCAUACCUCACUUUGAGAAGUCAGUCAGCAUAAAUCCACUACAAGCGUGGGUUUGGCUUUCGUUAGGUUUCGCUGCGUUAGAAACUGAAAACUGGCAGGUGGCUGCGACAGCCUAUCGGCGUUAUACGUCCCUUGAACCUGGUAAUUUUGAGGCGUGGAAUAAUCUGGCAAAAGCUUAUAUAAAAUUAGGAAACAAGCGAAGCGCUCAUCAAGCUCUUCAUGACGCUCUACGUUGUUAUUUUGAAAAUUGGAAAGUGUGGGACAAUUUAAUGAUUGUCAGUGCAGACAUCGGCCACUUUUCUGAUGUCAUUCAAGCGUACCAUAGGAUCUUAGAUUAUAAGGAGAAACAUCUAGAUGUCGAAGUCCUCAGUGCACUCGUUUAUGGUGUCGUGAACAAUGUAAAUGACUCGGAGGGACGUCCUUCGGGACGACUGUUACCGAAAGUGCGCGAAUUACUAGGACGCGUCACCGCCAUUUAUCCAAAAGAGGGACAACUGUGGGUUCUUUAUGCAACAGUUGCGCCCGCCUUGACAUUAAAAGCCCAACGUUUACAGAAAGCUUACAAGAAUUUUACACAAACCGGGUGGGACAGGAAUCAAGAUAUGUGUCAACAGGUGUUGUACACGUGCCAAAAAUUAGCGGAAAUUGCCCUUAACAAGGAAAUAGUGGCCUCGGAUCCUCUUGUUAACUCCAUACGAUUAAAUUUAAGUUCCGCGAUUGCUGUUAUCUGUAAAAAAGAAGACAGCGACAAUGAAAUACAAUCAUUAUUUGCGAAUGUUUCUAUUUUAUUGGCCAAAGUUAUGGAAAAGGCGAAAUCUGCUUCCAUAAAAAUUGAAAAUAAAGAAGGAUAAUAUACGAGAUAAUGUUAUUACUAUAUACUGUGGCUCUUGUAUCAAGAAUUGAUGAUCUUUUGUAGCUUUAUACCGGUGAAAUAUUUUUGAUACAUUGGUCACAUUUACCAUUUAGAGUAAGGAUUACCUCGAGAACAAUUCCGUAUGUGAAGUGUAUAUUAAAAAAUUCGUACCGUUUUUAUUGUGAUUUAAGUACCUAUUUGAGAAGAUAUCGAUUGUUUCAUAUUUCAAAUAAAGUUUUGUAAAUA